UCUUGAUGCCAUAAAAAAAAAAGCCAGCCGGAUAAUACAUAAAUACUGAGCCGAAGAUGCAUUUUUGUUUUCAGCGGUGUGGCACGUUUUAUGGAUUAUAAUCUGACCAAUCAUAUCCCACUGAGGAUCAAAGGCAACUUUACAUUUUCGACCAACAAUCAUUAGGGAACAUGGUGGGACUUAAACCCUCAGAUGUGCCCCCCCCGCUGGGGGUGAAGAUGGCGAGUGCCGGGGCUGCAGCCUGCGUCGCCGACCUUUUCACGUUUCCCCUGGACACGGCCAAAGUCAGGCUGCAGGUACAGGGGGAGAGGAAGGGAGUGGACGGCUUCGCUUACAGGGGAGUGUUUGGCACGAUCAGCCCCAUGAUCCGAACGGAGGGGCCCAAGUCUAUGUACAACGGGCUGGUGGGCGGGGCUCCAGAGACAAGUGCUGUCGCUUCCGUGAGAAUCGACAUCUACGACAAUGUCAAAGAUUUGUACUCCGGUGGCAAAGACAAAGCUGGCAUAGUGGCACGAAUCCUGGCUGGAUGCACCACGGGCGCCAUGGCGGUGUCUUUUGCACAGCCCACAGACGUGGUCAAGGUUCGGUUCCAGGCCCAGGUGAAUCUGGACGGUGUGGCUCGUCGGUACAGCGGCACCAUGCAGGCCUACAAGCACAUCUUCCAGAACGAGGGCAUGCGCGGACUCUGGAAAGGCACGCUGCCUAACAUCACAAGAAAUGCCCUGGUCAACUGCACGGAGCUAGUUACGUACGACCUGAUCAAGGAGGCCAUCCUGAAGCACAAGCUGCUGUCAGACAACCUUCCUUGUCAUUUUGUAUCUGCGUUUGGGGCCGGCUUUGUCACCACGGUGAUCGCUUCCCCAGUGGAUGUGGUGAAGACCAGGUACAUGAACUCUCCCCCCGGUCAGUACAAGAGUGCCAUCAACUGCGCCUGGACCAUGAUGACCAAAGAGGGGCCGACGGCUUUCUAUAAAGGAUUUGUGCCCUCGUUUCUAAGGUUGGGAUCAUGGAACGUUGUUAUGUUUGUCUCUUUCGAACAAAUCAAGAGAGCCAUGAUGGUCACAAAGAAGAGGAUUGAGGACAAAAAUUAAGUUUUCCAUUUGUGAGAGAAAUCUGAACCAUCACUGGGUUAAACGUCAAUGAAGAAACAUCAAUUCAGUUUAGUUUUAUUCGUAUUUUAGGGUAACAAAGAAAAGCUUUUGUCGAGGAGGGAAUAUUGGGAGUCAAGUGUACCGUGUGUUUGUGUUCAUGGUGAACUAAAAUGCAGUUCUGUGUAUUUAUAAUUAUUCAUGAUGAAUCCAUUUGAAAUUGAAUGGCCUUGAAUGGUGCUAACUCUCGGUUGUCAUAACCCAACUUUUGGGAAGUUAAGUGCACUUUAAGAUCUGUGAAUCCAAAACUGCCAAUCACACAUUUCAGGCAGUUUACAGCAGCGCACCUUUAAAUAAUACUGGUGCUCACAGUAAAAUAUAAAACAGGUUUAUGUGAACACUAAAUAUAUUUGACUUGUUUUACAGAAUCUGUGCUUGGUUUUUAACUUAUGCUUUCAUGUCCACCACAAAAAAAAAUUUCAAAACAUUAAAAUGUGUAUUUAUUA